AUGGCUGAACAUCCUUCAUUUACCCUUGCCGCUCUCCUGCCUGCAGGAGGUGUUUUUGGAUACCUGCGGACCCGCUCAGCACCCUCGUUGAUCGCAGGUGUUGGCCUCGGACUCUCGUAUGCAUACUCCGGUUAUUUGAUUAAAGAGAACCGUGACUACGGCACCGAGCUUGCCUUGGGAAACAGCGUACUCCUGCUGGGCUCUGCAAUCCCUAGGAUCAUUAAAACGGGUGCUAAGGCCCCUGUGCCUUUGGCACUCGGUGCCACUGGCCUAUUGGCAUCGUACUACUACCAGAAGAAGGUCAGAGAAUUCCGAUUUGGGGUCUAG